GCUGGAGAGAGGGUGAGAGAGCGAGCAGAGGAAAUAAGUGCUCCUCCUGGAUCUUAUCGGAGCGCUCUCUCCCCUCUCUCGCCUUCCCCUCUCCUUCUUGCUUUCGGCCUGUGUCCAUUUAAGUUGGGGAGGCCCUGGAGAGGACACACAAUGGAGCGAAGAGCCUGUGGCAACUGGGCCGUUGUACUGCUGAGAGGGGGAUGGGGUAGAGAGAGGACCGGUUCACACAGCUAACACAGCCUGCCGGCUGUAGGCUUCCACAGCCUUUCCUCCCCGCCUGGACCCACUGUUUCCAGGCUGGGGCCUUUUUUGUGGAACGGCCACCCUCAAACUCCGCUUGGACUUCGCUAAGGAUUACUCUGUUCUGUGGGAUUUCAGGAUACAUACUAGGAGCUUGAAGAACAAAUCUCUCCAGUGUUUUGGAUGAGAGAAAAGAAAAAACAAACUUCUGUGUAAUUCAUCUUGCCCUUUUUUUUUUUGGUUUCUGUUUCUGCUUAGUGGAGUUCAUAAAUGGAUUACAAGAUGCAUGCCAAGUCAAACGAUUUGCUGGAUUUCCAAAAACUGGAUGCCCUUCUGGAAAAAAUUGCACAUUCAGUCUCUGUGAAAAGAGAGUCCAGCGAGGAGUGCAAUGGGAUCAGCGGUGCUCUGUCAGUGGAGUCUGUGCCGGGGCCAAGACUGAACUGGUGUCCUGCCAACACCACUACACCUGCCCCUGCGGCUCCAGCUCCCGCUCUGGGGCCCGAGCCCAUGCCCAACCCUGUCAGAAUGGGGGACGGCCUGGAUGCAGCGCAGAUGUCGGGCAGCAGCAGCAGCAGCGGCAGCCAGGGGCAGGCCCAGCCAACUGGCAACCCCCCACCCCCAGAGUACAUCAAUCCCAACAGGCCAAAGCGCCAGACCAAUCAGCUGCAGUACCUGCUCAAGGUGGUGGUGAAGGCCCUGUGGAAGCACCAGUUUGCCUGGCCCUUUCACAUACCAGUGGAUGCGAUCAAACUUAACCUGCCUGACUACUACACAAUAAUCAAAACUCCUAUGGACAUGGGAACAAUCAAGAAAAGGCUUGAGAACAGUUACUACUGGAAUGCCCAAGAAUGUAUCCAAGACUUCAACACGAUGUUUACCAACUGCUACAUAUACAACAAGCCUGGAGAUGACAUAGUCUUAAUGGCUGAGGCUCUCGAGAAGGUUUUCCUCCAAAGGGUCACAGAAAUGCCUCAGGAAGAAAUCGAGAUUGUUGUCAUGACAGGGAAGGGACGUGGCCGGGGCCGAAGAGACGCAGGUCUAAACUUGAAACCAGGGGCCAUCAUUGAUCCUUCAUCCACGACUCCUCAAACACGUGGUCUGUCGAACCUCUCAUCAGCACCACAGACCAGAGGACCAGUGCAGGGCCCGCCUUCACUACCUCCCCAGCCUUUGAUGCAGGCCCUGCCGUCCCACGUGCCCCCAUCGUUACCCAGCCACGCGCCACAGCUUGGACCUCCCUACUCUCUGGGCCAGUCAGACUGUGCUCCUCAAGUUCCCAUCAUGACUUCUGUGCCUCCUCCUGCUCAGACUUCCCUUCCCCCAGCAUCCAUCCAGAGCACUGCCCCCAUGAUGCAGACUAUGACCAAACAAAGAAAGAGCCAGAAAAGGAAAGCUGACACUACAACGCCUACAGCAAAUGACCAACUGAGUGAGUCCUCACCGGCAGAGUCCAAAUCUGGGAAGACACUACCCAGGCGAGAGAGUUCCCGGCCUUCAAAACUGAUGAAGAAGGAUGCUCCAGACUCCCAGCAUCACAUAGGAAUGGGGAUGGGACCAAGUGGAGGUCAUAGCCCCAAACCGCAGGAUCAGCUGGGAUACUGCGCUGGUCUGGUUAGAGAAAUGCUGUCCAAGAAGCAUGCUGCUUACGCCUGGCCAUUCUACAAACCUGUUGAUGUGGAUGCACUGGGACUACACGAUUAUCACGAUAUCAUCAAAUAUCCAAUGGACCUCAGCACUAUCAAGGCCAAGCUGGAGAACAGGCAAUACCGGGAACCUCAGGAGUUUGCUGCUGAUGUACGAUUAAUGUUUUCCAACUGCUACAAAUACAAUCCACCAGACCACGAGGUGGUAGCUAUGGCACGUAAGCUACAGGAUGUCUUUGAGAUGCGCUUUGCCAAGAUGCCGGAUGAACCUGAGAGCAAGCCUCUUGUUCCCGCCCCAGCUCCUACACUUCACCAUCCUGCCCCUGUUAAGCCCCAGCCUCCUUUGGCCCACGUCGCCUCGUCUUCGGAUAGCUCCAGUGACUCUUCCUCUGAGUCUGAGUCUUCUACAGAUGACUCUGAAGAAGAGAGAGCACAGAGGUUAGCAGAGCUCCAGGAGCAGCUGAAGGCUGUCCACGAGCAGCUGGCUGCCUUGUCCCAACCACAAGCCAGCAAACCAAAGAGAAAAGAGAAGGAAAAGAAGGAGAAGAAAAAAGAAAAGCAUAAGAAGAAAGGAGGGGCGCCUGGCCUUGUAGAUGAGAUCCAGGAUGUUACACCUGUUCCUCAGCUCUCUAAGAAGACCAAGACCAGUAACAAUAACAACAAAGAGGUUGUUCCCAAGAAGAAACCCAGUAAAAAGGAAGCGAUGAAAAGCAACCAUCCCUCUAAUGUGCUGCCGGUUCCCAACCUGGAAGACGAUCUGGGGGCUGCUGGGUCGUCAGCUACAGGGGAAAAGUGCAAGCCUAUGACAUAUGAGGAGAAGAGGCAGCUAAGCUUGGACAUCAACAAGCUUCCUGGUGACAAGCUCGGCCGUGUCGUGCAUAUCAUCCAGUCAAGAGAGCCCUCACUCAAAAACUCAAACCCUGAUGAGAUCGAGAUUGACUUUGAGACACUAAAGCCUUCGACUCUGCGCGAGCUGGAGAGAUACGUGUCUUCCUGCCUUCGCAAGAAGAAAAAGGUUCCAGUUGAGAAACCUGUGGAGUCCAUGGCAACCUCCAAAAAGACUGGAUCCUCGUCAGAGAGCAGUGGCUCCAGCACUGACAGCGAAGCUGAGGGGACAGGAAUAAUAAAGCAUCAGAAGAAGAAGGGCCAGUCUGUGAAGGAGGGGAAAAAGACACAUCCUCAUGCACAUGUUCAGAGUGGCGCUGCUCAGACUGGGCUUCAUUCCCAAGUUUCAGGUCUUCAGUCUAACAGUCAGAUGAAGCAGCAGCAUCAGCCGUCUCCUGCAGGCUUCAUUGCUCCCCCUGUAGCUGCUCUGGAGUCUUCCCAGUUACUGGAGACGAGCUUUGACUCCCUGCCGCCUUUUGGCCAGCCCCUCAUGCAUCUGUCCCACCACACAGGCAACUCCUCCUCACCUGCACCUCCACACCUCAACGCUCAUUCUGCUGGGCCAGUGUCCCCUGAGACCCACCCCUUCCUCAACCAGCAUCCCGUCCUCCCAUCUCCAGCCUUGCACAUUUCCAUGCCUCAGCAGCCUUCUCGACCCAGUCACAAGGCAGCACCUCUGCAUCCAAAACCCCCUCAGCAGCAACCAGCACCUCUUCAGCAGCAGCCAACCCUGCAGCAACAGCAGCAGCAGCAGCAACAGCAGCAGCAGCUCCAGCCCCAGUCAGCAGCACCACCACAGCACCAGCUCCCCUCUCAGAUCCUCCACCCUCCUCAGCCCCUGCACCAGCGGCCCAUGUCCCCUCCUACGCUCACACCCCAAGGCUUGCUGUCUUCCCAGCCUCCCCAGAUGCUGCUGGAGGAUGAUGAAGAGCCGGGGUCUACAACGCCUCUGAACCAAGUACAGUUAUACCUGCAGCAGUUCCAGCAAGCCCGUCAGCCCCAGCAGUCCAUGCAGUCGCUCCAGGCACAAGCUCGUCAGCAGCAUCAACAACAACAACCGGGACAGAUCUCCCUCCUGCAGUCUGUUCAGGGACAAUCUCAACUUACCGCUCAGACUGCGCUGCCUGCUCCCCAGCUUCCCAUUCAGUCCCCGGCUCAGCCAGCCCCGUCACAUCAGGCCCCGCCCCCACAGAUGCCUCUACACCAGGCCCGCCACAUGCAGCACGCUCAGCCGCAGCAACAGCAGCCUCAACAGCAACAACUGAACUACCAGCAGGGUCCUGGAGUAGCUGCUCAGCCCCAGGUAUCACAACACAAGGUAUCCAUGCCCACCAACAAAGCACAGCAGAUCAUCCAGCAGCAGCAAGAGCAGCCCUCCCCUCGCCUGACCAAGGCCGACCCUUACAACGCAGGUCACAUGAGGGACAACCCAUCCCCUCUCAUGAUGCAUUCCCCACAACUUCCCCAGUAUCCACCUGUGUCUCACCAGUCUCCGCCUCACAACAAAAAGCAGAGGGCCCCUGGGAACCACGGUGGGGUAAAGGAGGAGAAACUACCUCCAUCACCAGUGAUGAGAGGAGAGCCAUUUAACCCUGCAAUGAGACCUGACCAUCACAAACAUCCUGACAACAAACCUUCUCAACCAGGCCACGGCCAACAGAAUGUGAAGUCCAUGGACGGCUUGCGACCUGUCAUCCGGUCCUCAGAGUCCAGUGGACCGCCCGCCUCUCUGCAAGACAAGGAGAAGUUCAAGCAGGAGUCCAAAACGCCCAUUGCCCCCAAAAAAGUACAGGAUGUGAAACUGAAGAAUAUGGGCUCAUGGGCUAGCCUGGCACAAAAGUCUACAUCAACACCUUUAUCUGCAGUGAAGUCAUCGAGUGACAGCUUUGAGCAGUUCCGCCGUGCCGCCCGGGAGAAAGAGGAGCGGGAGAAGGCCCUGAAGGCCCAAGCUGAGCAGGCGGAAAAAGACAGACUGCGCAGAGAACAGGACAAACUACGAGGUCGAGAUGAAGAAGACAUUAUGGAGCCAAGCAGGAGGGUGCACGAGGAGCCGCGAAGGCGUUUGGAGCAGCAACACAUUCAAGCUCCUACACAACAGCCGCCACAACAACAGCAGCAGCAGCAACAAGAGCCCCAGCCUGCUGCCAUUCAGCAGCCUCCUCAACCCCCCACACCACCUCAGCCUGCCGCACAGAACCCACUCGACCAACAGAGGGAGCUAGCACGCCGCCGAGAGCAGGAGAGGAGGCGGCGAGAAGCGAUGGCGGCAACUAUUGACAUGAAUUUCCAAAGUGACUUAAUGGCUAUCUUUGAGGAGAAUCUGUUUUGAGGAGAGGAGCAACUGAAACAUAAGUGCAAAAAAACAAAAAAAAAAAAACUAAAAAAAAAAGGAAGAAAGAAAGACGUUUGAUAAUGUAAACUUCCUCUAAAGAGAGAUUUGGUGGACACGCACCACAAGAGGGACACAGACUGUUAUGUAGAUGUGACGGGCCCUCAAUAAAGAAACGCUGGACAGAUGCACACAGCUCACUGUGCCCCCUGUGGACUCAAUACACGGGGACAAUCUCAUUGUUUCGGAUGUCAUUUCCUGGGAAUCGUCUGCCUGAUAUCUCAUAAUGGCGGAAAAGAGGACCCUUUCGGCACAGUUGCCUUUGUCACUUGCUUCUUAACAUUUUGCGUGGGAGCAACAAUAAAUCGCAAGAGUAAAGACAUCCCAAUAAUUAUGAAAAUGCUCUGAUAAUGUACUGACAGACUGCGCAGAGGUGUUUUUGAAACUGCCAGAUGUCUGACGUGGUGAAGAAGACUGGUCUUUUAUGUUCUGUUUUGUUUUGAUUGUUGUAAGUGAACAAAUGACGUGGGUGGGGGUGGGUCAGGGGGGCAACUUCCACACUGUAAAUCAUGUAUAUUUCUCAGCAGAGAAGGUACAGUUUGCCUUACACCUCUUUUCCUAAACAGACCAUUAUGUUCUGUGGCCUGAACAUGUGGACAAAACCAAUAACAUUUACAACCAGGAGUAGGAGCAGACCUUUUUUCAUCAUCUAGUAUCUACUGUAAAGAAGUAUUUUCUUAUACUACAAUAACUGUUUUAUUUUGGAUCUUUCUUUUUUUUUUCUCCUCUUUAGGUCUUUGAAUCACACCAUCACACUCCUCCACCUAUGUCUAUGCCAAACAAACCCAUUAUCUUUUAUGCUAAAUUACUUAAAACAUGGUAGGUAGCUCGUGACAACAAACCCUGAAUAUAUGCAUUAUCAUAGUUCCAGCAAGUAUUUAUCAAAGACAGAAUCAAGUUUUCAACCUACCUUGUAUUUUUCAUUUACAACAGGAACUUGUUCGCAGAAUAGGGGGGAAGGUUUAGUCGGGAUUUUCACUACAAGUGUCGCACCAUUAUUUGUAUUACACUUCAAGACAUAAUGUUGGGUAUCAUCAGCCUGUUUGCAACAGUCACACUACUGGAUCAUUUAAGAAAUGAGAAGAUGAGUCGCCCCUUGCUGCUCCUUCUGUGUGCGCUCUGAUCUCACCUGAAGGUUUUGAUCAAAUGACAACAGGUAGAGUGCUGAAGGCAGGAUGGGAACAAUCAGGGGAAUAAGACAAACACUUUCUGUAGCUGUUAACUUGAAUCAGGUUUAGUGAAAAUAAAUAGCUUAAGGGACGGGAAGGAUCUUCUAAUUCACCGAGGGCACACUGUCAAGAGUACAAAAUAAAAAGACAAAAGUUAAGAAACAGAAAACUCUGAAAAAACAGUUUUGAUUUAUAUCUUUGUUCUUGUUCGAUUAUAGUGGAUGUGAGUUAUAAUUCUGUUCUCGGAGACAUUGUUUUGGACCGGGGACGGGCUGGAAUCUGAAUGCAUCUCGUCCUCCUCACUCGUCUCUUAUGGUGUUUUUUCUCCAGUGCCUGUAUUGUAUUGCAAUUCUCGUUGGCUUAUAUUACACUUCGAGGGGGGUUUAGAAAAGGGGGUAGGUCAGGAGUGGGUGGUGUAAUAUUUGAACGGGGUGGGAGAUUUUUGAAAGAGUUUGUGUAAAAAAAAUAAAAAGUAAUUAAAAAAGAAAAAAAAAAGGAAAAGACAGCGUUUUAUAUUUCACCCGUUGUCAAUAUUCGGGUUUUAAAUUUAGUUUUAGCUGGACUUCUAUGAGUGUACACAUCUGACAACGACUUUCGCAUUUUGUUCAAUCAGCGGAUUUUAGGUAGAUAUGUUUCAGCGUUGCCACACUAGCGUUUGGUCUGUGAGUGUGACUGUGUAAAUUUGGACGGCUGUGUGACUGUGUUUUGUUUUUGUUUAUUUUUUAAAAAAAUUUUAAGUGUGUGGUGCAGGAGGCAUGUUCCCCGAUGUAGAUAAGCAUUCUAUCAAUGAGGAGAAUAAACAGAUAAACAGUACUUCAGGAGAACUUGUUCCUGUGCUUAAGUCACUUUUUUAAUUUACUAUGAAGUCCACCAUAUAUGAAUAUAGAAUUUUUAUUAUUAGACUGGUUUUGAAAGGGUUAAAACAAACAAAAAAAAAACUUCAUUCCUUUUAGCCUCUUUUUCCUUUUCACAAUAACUGUCGGACAUAAUGUGCCAUGAGUUCUACAGAGAAUGUGCUGACCCGCAGCUCAGCCCAGAGUUUGCUUUAUUCAGGUAUUUUAUUUUGUGUUACAUUUGUUCUGUUUUGGGGGUUUUGUUUCAAACAUUUUCCUCGAUUUAUUGUGUGGUAUGUGAGUGGUCUAUCGAGGUCUCUGAUUCAGUCUGUUAUGAUCAUUGAAUAAACUCAUCUCUUUUAUAGAAAAUAAAAAAAAUAAACUAAA